AUGCUUGCAACGAAUGAACCGGUAGCUGAUGUCGACUCCGGCCGCAAACUUGGGAGACUUACGAAAUGCUACGAUGACGACCGCUCGGACCCUACGUUCGGUCGUCGGCUGCCUCGUCAAGCGCCACUCUCGCUUGACGAGCCCUUCACCCUCCUCGAGGUUGAAGCGGCGUUGAAGAAGACAGAUUCGGGGUGAUCACCGGGGCCCUCAGGCAUUCCGUACGAGCUCUUCAAGGCGCUGCCAACCUACUUUGCUCCCAAGCUGUUGGACUUGUUCAACUUGAUUUGGGAGGGCGGCAAAAUGACGGCGUCCUUGGCAGAGGGGCUGGUGCGGCUCUUGCCCAAGAAUAAACCGGGGGCCAAUCUGAAAUCACUGGGGGCAUACCGACCGAUCACAUUGCGCGAGACGACCUACAAGGUCCUCAGCAAGGUCUUGGUGGUGCGGCUCAAUGGGGUGCUCGGCGAGCUUUUACCGCCAGCGCAACACGGUUUCAUGCCAUCAAGACGUUCAGCGGACGCGGGAAGUCAUCUCAUGUUGAAUUGCAUUCUGUCAAGCCUUCGAACACUUCGACAUCGGACCGCCGUUUGA